AUGGACUUCAAGCCUGUCUCUGCCUACCGUGCCGUCUAUCAGAACGCUAGUGCUUUUGAGAUUGGCAAAGCAUACAGUCAAAGACCCGUUGCCAGCUUGUUGGAAAUUGCUCAAGAACCAUCAGACCUUCCGGGCAUCACCUCCAAGCUUGACUACAUAGCUCGUCUUGGAGUUGACGCCGUCUGGAUUUGUCCCAUGUAUGACAGCCCUCAGGCAGACAUGAGCUAUGGCAUGUCCAAGUAUGAGGACGUCUACCCUCCCUACGACUUUCUGCAAGACAUGGAGACUCUCAUCCACGAGGCCCAUGCUUGGGGCAUAAAGGCCAUACUGCAUCUUGUCAUCAGUCAUGAAUCGGAAAAACAUCCUUGGUUCCAGGAGUCCCGUGCCAGCAAAGACAGCUCCAAGCGCGACUGGUACAUCUGGAAAUCUGCCAACAACUGGCGUUGCAAGUUCGGCGGCGGCAGCGUGUGGGAGUGGGAUGAGCAGUCGAGCGAGUACUAUCUGCACUUGUUCGCCAAAGAGCAACCGGACCUGAACGGGGAGAAUCCCAUCACCCGCAAAGCGGUCUGUGCCUCAGCAAUGGUGAGUUGGCUUGAGCGCGGUGUAGACAGCUUCCGCAUCGACACCGUCAACAUGUACAGCAAGCCGCCAGGACUCCCAGUUGCACCAUAUUCAUACCCCGGAGCUCCCUAUCAGGUGGCCGACAUGCUCUACUGCAAUAACCCCGGAAUGCACGAGUUUCUCGGCGAGAUGAACCAGAUUCUGGCCAAAUACGGCGCCAUCACUGUCGGAAAGCUUCCUUCGACGCCGGACAUGGCCCGCAUGUUGCAAUAUGUGACCGCGGAAGCCAAGCAUCUGGACAUGGUAUUCCAUUUCGACAUUGUCAAUGUUGAGCUCAACAAGCCACUGAGAUACGACGCAAAGCCGAAGGACUGGCAAUUGCCCGAUUUCAAGGAGGCCAUCGCUCGAACCCAGACUUUGAUCAAAGGCACUGAUGCUUCGAGCACGGUCUUUCUGGAGAGUCAUGACCGGGCGCGAUCAAUUGGACGCUUCGCAGACGACAGCCCGCUUAUGGCGAGAUCGAAUCCAUCAACGCGCCAGAUGGUCCUUGAUUUUAUCCGAGAGCAUCGCAACGGCGAGGACAUGAACCAGGCCCUCACUUCGUUGGCACAUUUUUCACGAGAACAUGCACGAGUCCCCAUGGAAGCAGAAAGGUCGGGAAAGGAGGUCAAAGAGCCCUGGAUGAACCCUCAUCCCCUAGCUGGCGUCUUGGCCCAUUGGCGAAAGGCCGUGCUUUUCCGAAAGAAAUAUGCCGAUCUGCUCGCAUAUGGCGACUACCAGGCCCUGCGAGAGGAGGACAAGGAGACUUAUACCUUUGUCAAGAAGCCGCCAUCCGGCAGAUCGGCCAAGGCGGUUGUUGCGCUCAAUUUUACUGGCGAAGAGAAGAAGUGGGAGACGCUCACGCCGAGGAGCUUGAAAUGA